AGAGGCAGCCCGGCCGCGACCAGGUGAGGAGGCGGCGUCGGGCGCCACUGCAGCCGCGGCGGCGGCCUCGGAGGAAGAGGACUCUCCGCCGCGCGCCCGUCGUCGCAGCCCUUCCUGUUGGGAUUAUCUUCUGCUCCCCGCUCCUCCUUCGCAGCCGGCGGUCGGAGCCGCCGCUUGGCUUCUGCUGGUCGGACUCCUUCGCAAGGGGCUCCACCGCUACCGGGGCCUCGAGGGGAGACCCCUCCUCAUCCCCCCAAUCCUUGGGCGAGACCAUGAGGAAAUUCAACAUCAGGAAGGUGCUGGACGGCCUGACCGCAGGCUCGUCCUCGGCCUCGCAACAGCAGCAACAGCAGCAGCACCCGCCUGGGAACCGAGAGCCGGAGAUCCAGGAGACGCUCCAGUCCGAACACUUCCAACUCUGCAAGACUGUUCGCCAUGGAUUCCCCUAUCAGCCCUCAGCCCUGGCCUUUGAUCCCGUACAGAAGAUCCUGGCGGUCGGAACUCAGACUGGUGCUUUAAGGCUCUUUGGUCGCCCAGGAGUGGAAUGUUAUUGCCAACAUGACAGUGGAGCAGCGGUAAUUCAACUCCAGUUCCUGAUUAAUGAGGGAGCCCUUGUGAGUGCCUUGGCUGAUGACACCUUACACUUAUGGAACUUACGGCAAAAACGGCCUGCCAUACUACAUUCGCUUAAAUUUUGCAGAGAAAGGGUUACAUUUUGCCAUCUGCCUUUUCAGAGUAAGUGGCUCUAUGUGGGCACUGAACGAGGUAAUAUACAUAUUGUCAACGUGGAGUCCUUCACACUCUCAGGCUAUGUCAUUAUGUGGAAUAAAGCCAUUGAACUGUCAUCCAAAUCUCACCCAGGACCUGUUGUCCAUAUAAGUGAUAAUCCCAUGGAUGAGGGGAAGCUUUUGAUUGGCUUUGAAUCCGGAACAGUAGUUUUAUGGGACCUCAAGUCAAAGAAGGCUGACUACAGAUACACGUAUGAUGAGGCUAUUCACUCUGUGGCUUGGCAUCAUGAAGGAAAGCAGUUUAUUUGCAGUCAUUCUGAUGGCACUUUGACCAUAUGGAAUGUGAGGUCCCCUGCUAAGCCUGUACAGACCAUCACUCCUCAUGGAAAGCAAUUAAAGGAUGGGAAGAAACCAGAGCCUUGCAAGCCUAUCCUCAAGGUGGAGUUCAAAACAACUAGAUCUGGGGAACCUUUCAUUAUUUUGUCAGGAGGCUUGUCAUAUGAUACUGUGGGAAGGAGACCUUGCUUAACAGUGAUGCACGGGAAAAGCACAGCAGUGCUAGAAAUGGACUAUUCAAUCGUUGACUUUCUCACACUUUGUGAAACACCAUACCCAAACGAUUUUCAGGAACCGUACGCUGUGGUGGUUCUCCUGGAAAAGGACUUAGUGCUGAUAGACCUUGCACAGAACGGAUACCCCAUAUUUGAGAAUCCCUACCCUUUGAGUAUACACGAGUCCCCUGUUACAUGUUGUGAAUAUUUUGCUGAUUGUCCUGUGGACCUUAUUCCUGCACUUUAUUCUGUUGGAGCCAGACAGAAACGUCAAGGUUACAGCAAAAAGGAGUGGCCCAUCAAUGGAGGUAAUUGGGGCCUGGGUGCUCAAAGUUACCCAGAAAUAAUUAUUACAGGGCAUGCUGACGGGUCAGUUAAGUUCUGGGAUGCUUCUGCAAUAACUCUACAAGUACUGUAUAAAUUAAAAACGUCUAAAGUAUUUGAAAAGUCAAGAAGUAAAGAUGACAGACCAAACACCGACAUUGUAGAUGAAGAUCCAUAUGCCAUUCAGAUCAUCUCCUGGUGCCCAGAGAGCAGAAUGCUGUGCAUAGCUGGGGUGUCAGCUCAUGUCAUCAUUUAUAGAUUCAGCAAACAGGAAGUGCUUACAGAAGUCAUCCCGAUGCUUGAAGUUCGACUGUUAUAUGAAAUAAAUGAUGUGGAAACACCGGAGGGUGAGCAACCUCCACCGUUGUCCACCCCCGUGGGCAGCUCCAACCCCCAGCCCGUUCCUCCUCAGUCUCAUCCGUCUACCAGCAGCAGCUCAUCCGAUGGGCUUCGUGAUAAUGUACCUUGUUUAAAAGUUAAAAACUCACCUCUUAAACAGUCUCCAGGCUACCAGACAGAGCUGGUUAUUCAGUUGGUGUGGGUGGGUGGCGAGCCACCGCAACAGAUCACCAGCCUGGCCCUCAAUUCCUCCUAUGGGCUGGUGGUUUUUGGCAACUGCAAUGGCAUUGCAAUGGUUGACUACCUCCAGAAAGCAGUACUGCUCAACCUCGGCACCAUUGAGUUAUAUGGCUCAAAUGACCCUUACCGGAGAGAACCCCGGUCGCCUCGUAAAUCUCGACAGCCUUCAGGAGCGGGCCUGUGUGACAUCACUGAAGGGACUGUCAUCCCAGAGGAUCGCUGCAAAUCUCCGACUUCUGGUUCUUCAUCACCACACAAUUCAGAUGAUGAACAAAAAGUGAAUAAUUUUAUAGAAAAGGUGAAGACCAAAAGCAGAAAGUUUUCCAAGAUGGUAGCCAGUGAUCUAGCAAAGAUGUCAAGGAAGUUAAGCUUGCCGACUGACCUGAAGCCUGACUUGGACGUAAAGGAUAAUUCCUUCAGCAGAUCGCGGAGCUCAAGCGUAACCAGCAUUGACAAAGAGUCCCGGGAAGCCAUCUCUGCUCUUCACUUCUGUGAAACUUUCACUCGGAAAACAGACACUUCCCCAUCCCCGUGUCUGUGGGUGGGAACUACCCUGGGAACAGUGUUCGCCAUCACCCUGAACCUUCCCCCUGGGCCUGAGCAAAGACUCCUGCAGCCAGUGAUCGUGUCUCCAAGUGGUACUAUAUUGAGGUUAAAAGGUGCAAUCUUAAGAAUGGCGUUUCUGGAUGCCACGGGCUGCUUGUUGCCACCUGCAUACGAACCCUGGAAAGAACACAACAUUCCUGAAGAAAAAGACGAAAAGGAGAAGUUGAAAAAGCGGCGACCUGUCUCAGUUUCCCCCUCCUCUUCUCAGGAAAUUAGUGAAAACCAGUAUGCAGUGAUAUGUUCUGAAAAGCAAGCAAAAGUCAUCUCCCUGCCCACCCAGAGCUGUGCAUAUAAGCAGAGCAUCACUGAGACUUCCUUCGUGCUUCGCGGAGACAUUGUAGCACUGAGCAGCAGUGUCUGCCUCGCGUGCUUCUGUGCCAAUGGCCAUAUUAUGACUUUUAGUUUGCCAAGCUUGAGACCUCUAUUGGAUGUCUACUACCUGCCGCUUACCAACAUGCGGAUAGCCAGGACAUUCUGCUUUGCCAACAAUGGACAGGCCUUAUACCUUGUUUCACCGACAGAAAUCCAGAGACUCACCUACAGUCAAGAGACGUGUGAAAACCUUCAGGAGAUGCUCGGUGAGCUCUUCACUCCUGUGGAAACACCGGAAGCACCAAACAGAGGCUUCUUUAAAGGCUUAUUCGGAGGCGGGGCACAGUCUCUCGAUAGGGAAGAACUAUUCGGAGAGUCAUCCUCAGGAAAGGCCUCCAGGAGCCUUGCACAGCACAUCCCAGGUCCCGGUGGGAUUGAAGGUGUGAAAGGAGCUGCAUCCGGAGUUGUGGGCGAAUUGGCCCGAGCCAGGUUGGCCUUGGAUGAAAGAGGGCAGAAACUCAGUGACUUGGAGGAGAGGACUGCAGCAAUGUUGUCCAGUGCAGACUCGUUCUCCAAACAUGCUCACGAGAUGAUGCUGAAAUACAAAGAUAAAAAGUGGUACCAGUUCUGACAACCAGAAUCCAAUAAGUAUAACUUCAACCAGAAGGAAAAGAAAAUUUCCUUGUUGGUGUCAUUGGCGUAUCUGGGAAAGAUGACAUAAAAGGGAUGCGCAUUGCUGGAAGCAUCUUUCCCAGCACAAUCAUGCACUGUUUUACCUCAGUCACACGGCUUUCACUGAGAAGGAUCUACAUACGUGCAAACUGGAGCACAUGGUGUGUGCUGGCUGUGAGCUGACAAGCGGAGAGCUAAGUGGGGUCACAGUGACAGAUGAACAUACAGAGGGAUGUUGAGACAGCCUGGCGGGCUCUUUCUUGGAUCAUUCCUGUAUUAAACUUUUCUAUGCCAAAAGAUUUGUGCCGUUGUGUGUGCCAUCAGUGUUUGAUCUGAUGUG